AAUGACAGUAAAGAUGCAAAAGAAAAAUUUCAAGAAAUCAGCUAUGCAUAUAAAUAUCUAACAGAAGGACCAAGUUCCAUUGGAGGAGAUUACAGUGGAACAGAAGGGGAAGGUAUCCCGUUUGACAUUCUGGUGAGGCUGUUCCCUUGGCUUGUGCAGGAUAUGGGGGUAAGCUCACCUUUCAUGUUUGGAGGUCCAUUUGGCAGUUCUGGCAUCUUUGGAGGAAACCCGUUUGGUUUCCAGAGGACAUCAUUCUUUAUGGGGUUUGAUGAUGGCCUCUCAUUUCUCAUAGAUGACGACAGUGACGACUUCUUUGGAAUACCGUCAGGAUUUUCUCAGAGAUCGCAUAUACGACCUAAUUGUAAUCACAGACAUUCAGCCACUCGUCAAAAUAGAAACAAUUCUAGAAAUUUUAGUAGUGGCUUUUAUUCACAUUCAGGACAAAAUUUGUCUUCAGCACAAGCAUAUGGUGGGACAAAUCCAACGAAAGCAUCAAACAGAAAAUGCACAAGUGCGAGGAUCAAUGAGGAAGUGUAUGAAACUCAGCUGCCACCUAAAACAGGGGAACCAGAGAACAGUAAAAAGAAGAAGAAGAAAAAGAAAAAGAAAUCUGCCAAUCAGAAAGAAGAACCUUCAGUUGAAACAGAUAGUGCCAUGGAAACGCCCCUAAUAUACCAAUCUGAGCCCCCUGAGAAGGAAAGUGUUGAUGUGAAAGAAACUCAAGCCAGUCCCUCACCACUGGUGGAGCCAAAACAAGAGGUUCCCCAAAGACUUAAUAAAAAAGCCAGAAGAAAGUUAUUGAGAGAACAACAGAGGAAAGAAAAGAGCAACACUUUUACAUCUGAUCCAAUUAUUAAUAACCUGGUAAACAAGGAGCAACAGCGCCCCCUGGUGGAAGAUCUUGGUGAUACAGAUGGUAAUGAAGAUGUGAUAAGUGAGGAAAGUGACAGUGAUGAAGACAAUAAAGAUGACACAGAAUCAUUGGCAUCUGUUUACAACAACGAUCCUGACAUCAUCAUUGAGGAUACUCAGAACUUAUUUGAGAGGAAAUCAAGAAGGAUGAGAAAAAAUGAGAAGAAGAAACAGAGAUCUGAAGAAGAUGGGGACCAGUCAAGAAGAAAUGCCCAGAAUGAAAAUUACAAUGACCUGCUUCCGAAAUCUGCACAGGAGGAGGAGGAGAUGAUUCGUCUGGCUAUGGAGAUGAGUAAACUGGAGAGCAGAGAUGAAGCCAAAAACACCAACAAACACCAAUCAACAGAAACCAAACCAGGGAGAGGGAAACAUGGUGUUCCUGUUAUCAACAGUGUCACGAGUGAUAGAAAUCUAAAUUUAUCUGAAGACUGUGCAAAUGAAAAACUAGCAACAAGGGAGACAACCUUAGUGCCAAAUGAUAAAAAUGAGGACCGAAAUCAUUCUCAAAAGGACAUAACUGGGCCUGGAGAUGUAUCUGGUUUACAGAGUAGAGAUAAACGAUGUCCUGAGAGUAAGUCAGGAGGUUGGUAUGACAGUAUAGGCUCUAUGCCAUUACAGAGUUCUAGUGACACAGACUUCACAAAGACUUAUUACAAAGAAAUAAGCCCCCCUGCUGGGGAGAGACUCUUUUCACUUGGCCUGGAUAAUCAGAAUAAACAGCAGCCCUCUCAAUACUCAUCUAUUGACUCAGACUCAGGGUCAGGACAGGGUGCAUCAGAAUUUUUUGACAAUUCUCAAUUCUUCAGAUCUACUGAAACUCCAAACACAUGGAAAGAAGCUCCACCAAAAAGCACAAACUCACAAUUCUAUGAAAAGACACCAUGGGAACCUGUGGUUAAAAACCAGUCAAUGGAUAAAUGUGUUUCUCCAACGCCUUCUCAAAUGGCUCAAGGGAAUAAGCACAAUUCUUAUCAAAAUACAUAUGGAUUUGAUAUGGGAGAAGUGUCUAAGUCAGCAUAUCCUCCGCGAGAUCGUCAUGGUUCUGAUUACCCCACAGGGGUGUAUAGAGAGCCAGAAAACAAGCCACAUAGUGAUCCUUUCACCAUAAAUCUGCCCACAAAACCAAGUCCUAUUCAACCACCGAUUAUAGACUCAAAACAUCAGGAACAGAGAAAGUCUGCAGAACAUCCAUUCCUGUUCCAGGCAAGAUCUGGAGAAACUAUCCCAGAUCCUUAUGGUACAAAUCGAGUAACCAAGUCAUUCCAUACUGGUCCUAGUGUGCAGGAGCAAAAAGGACAAAGUACAAGCAACUUUAUGUUCCAUCCAGAGACUAAGAAUGAUCAGGAACAAUUCAGUUUUUACAGGGAUCCAAAAGUCUCUCCUAGAACUACCAAAGGCUUCGUGGAAACACCAUUGGACUUUUAUGGUAGCUCUUUGUAUGCUACAAAAUCUGCCAAGGAAUUAAACAGUGAGAUGGAUGCAAUGAGUUUUUAUAGGGAUAAGAUAUUCCAAAAAGAUUCUAGUGGAAUAUUCAGUCAAGAUCAGCCUAGGCCUAGUGUUUAUGGCUCUGAGUUUAUCCCAAACAAAAAUAUACGCAAUCAAAACAACGCAAACACUACUUCUAAUAAUGCUGAUCAAAGAAAGAUGUUUGAGAGCUCCCUUGGGAAUCCAAAUGGUUACUUAGGCAACAUGACCCCAAGUGGUGGACUGUUUGGGGCACCUCAAAGGGUUCUUCCAAUCAACACAGAGCAGAGCAGACUAUUUGCAGGUGCUUAUGGAUCAAAUACCAAUAUUCAGCAACAUACACCUUUUAAUACAAGCACAAGUCAGAUAUAUGGAAGGCCUCAAGUUAACCCUCACAGUGUCCCAACUGCUCCGCCUCAAAGUGAUCUUUAUAAUGGCCAUGGUCAUGUGACUGGCGGGUUACCAAGUGACACGGGUAAGUUGUAUGGUAGCCAGAUUCGAUCUCAGGGAAACCCUGUUGGGAGGCCUAACCCCAUACAAGGCCACAUGUAUGGAAGUAUGUAUUCAAAAAACAUUAAUGGUAGAACACCUGGUGUUACAUCUAACCAAAACAAUGACCCACCAGCUGCACAACAUCAGCCAUAUAGUGACCAAUAUGGUUACCACAUCAACAAUGCCAAACAAAUACCUACCAAUCAAGGACAUCAUCCAAAUAAAAAGGGGUCAAAUGUCAAAUCAACUCGGCAUGUGGAUGAUAUGGACGAUAUAGAUGAUGUAAAUCUCAACCUCAGUGGAAGAUCAGAGUUCAGAGGUCAAAGUCAGACAGGUAUGAACUCUGACCUCUCUGGAGUACUAGGAGGCAGAAGUCUGUACAUUCCUGCAGGAAUACAAGUAGACAUGUAUAAAGGUGCAUAUCAGGAAAAGUGAUUGUGCAGCAGUACAUUAAAAAUAAGGGGAAAGGACAUACUAAUUGGUAAGAUAACAAUUUGUACACUUGGUAGGGAAG